UCGCCGACCCGCUGGCUCCAGCCGCCGCCGCGCAGCCAGCCGCCGCCGCCUGGGCCUACGAGCGAGGCGCGGGCAGCCUCAAGCCCAGCUUAAGCUAUGGAGGAGGACAUCCAUCACACUCGGAAACGGAUCUUCUUCACAGACAGACAUAUGCAGCUUCUCAUCAGCUUCCAGGAUAUGCUACCACCCACCAUCCUACUGGUCUUUCUGGAAUAUUUGAUACUAGUAUGCACAGUGCUGGAAGUAACACUAAAGAAACUUCAGUUAUGAACUUUCUCUCUGCAAUUGAGUCUCGCACUGCUCAGGCUGCUGCUUCAGGAGCUACCCUUUUACCACAAUUCAGGGCUCCAUCAUGGCAGACAGGUAUGCAUUCCUCAGCAGCAACAGAACUAUUUGUUACUGGAGCAUUGCCAACCUCUGGAACAUUUCCACCAACAUCUGCAUUAUCAGCUUAUCAGCAUCCCAAUUCUUUCAGCAGUAGAAACUUUGCUACUACUCCAUCUCUCACACUUCAAGAUGCAACAUUCAGUGCUACAUCAAAUGGUCUUUUAACUGCUCAUGACCCUUUAUUGCAAAUCAAGACAUCACAAGGCACAGUUCCAACUGCUUUGACAUUUGAGCGCUUAGGCAGCUCUGUUUUAAGUACCAGCAUACCACCUCAGUCAUCAACGUACCGUUCUGCUCAAGAGUCCGCACCCCAUCUCUUGCAACCUCAGUUUAGUUUGUUGCCUUCAACACUUGGAGGAGCUCAGCAGGCUUCUCAGGCAUAUAGCACAUCUGUCUUUUCUGGUUCUACUGCCUCCAUUGAUAGAGCACUUCAGCGAGAAUGUAGUGUUAUUAAACACCAUCAGCGGCCUUCAAGUACACAGUCUGUUCAGGCACAACUGACUGGUUCACAGCAUUCCUUACACAGUUAUUUAUCAAAUACAAGUGGAGUUAAUUUUCAGGAUACAUCCAGGCAGUCAGCACUGCCCUGCAGUCCAGUUGGAGAUGCUACUCAGGUGAGCAAUGGAGGAUCACAACAGAAGACCUCUCAAGUCUCAGUGGAACUUGCUCAGUCCUAUACAUCUGCAGUUCCAUCACCUGGUUUCCCAUCUACUUCUACAGCAAAAGCAAAAAACUGUUCUACAAAGCAGCUAUCAAGGUCAACAAAGACACCCAAACCUCAAAAUGUAGUCUCUCCUGUGCAGACACAAAGCUAUUCCAAAACUGCACAAAACCAGAGUUCAGUAAUAGCAGGCCAAGCACAAAUCUAUUCUACAGCACAGCUACCAAGUCUGUUGUCAGUCAGCCAAUCCCAAAACUAUGUUUCCACACAGUCACAGAAUAUGCCAUCUGUCAGUCAUUCACAAGUUUUCUCAUCUAGCAAGGUUGAGAAACUGCCCUCAUUAUAUAAAACACUGACUUUUUCUGGGCAGUCGCAAACUAUAACUUCUGAUAGUCAGACAACACUAAGUUACUCUGCAGAUCAACAGGUAUUAACUUCAGUUCCAAAUGAGAACUACUCUGGUCAGACAAGGGAUCUUUCUUCAGUUAGCCAAUCUCAGAGUUAUUCUUCUAAUCACUCUCAGGGUUUAUCUCCCGUUAACCAAUCACAGGUUAGUUAUUCAUCUCAAUCACAGGUUUUGUCAGCUGUUAGUCCUUCAGAAAGUUAUACGUCAGGGCAAUCUUUAACAUUAACUUCACCUUCUCUUCCAUUUUCUUCCUCCCCUCGUAUUCAAAAUUUGUCAGCCUCAAGCCCAAACCAGAACUAUAUUUCUUUACGUUCUUCUCAGAAUUCUCAGACACAAGAAUCAUCUUCUCCACAGUCUCAAAAGUUUUUGACAGCUGUUCAGUCUCCUACUUUUGCAUCCCCAGCUCAUUCACAGACACUGCAGAACAAUAGAUCUUCCUCAGAUACAAAAACAUAUGUUAAAAGGAAAUCUGACUCUAACUUGUAUGCUUCAUCAAAACAGGAAGAUGAAUUGUCAAUGCAAGAUUUACAGGCAUUACAACAGCAAGCUUCUCUUGAAUCCUCUACCCAAAGGCUAACUGAUAGUGAAAUUAAUGCUCAGGACGCUGCCUAUAGGGUCUCAAAGGCAGAUGACAGAUAUUCUCAAAGUGUAAUCAGAAGUAAUUCUCGUCUUGAAGAUCAAGUCGUUGGGCUUACUCUUCAAGGGUCAAAAAAAGACGAGAGGAUGGUUGGUUCUGUGGCACAGCUUACUCAGCAGAUUGGCCAUAUCACUAAUGUAAUAAGCCAUGAUAUUAAAAAGGCAGCUAAUUUAAUGCAGACAACACAAGUAAGUGUAAAUGCUAAAGAACUAAACCAGCAGCAUUCUCUUAUGCAUAAGGUACAUGAAACUAAGGCCCAAGAACAGCAGGGCCAAGUCAUUAGCACAUCAUCACAGAUUCAAGCUCAUGCCUUGAGGCAUGGCAAUCAACUAUGUUUGCCUAAUGCACAAGUACUUCUGGAAUCUGCCUGUGACUUACAAAUUCUUCAGCAGUCAAUACUGCAGUCAGGCUUAGGACAAGCAAAGGCAUCUCCACAUGUGCGACGAAUACAGAGUCCUCAGCAGGUAGCACAUCAGUUCCUUCAAAUGGAUGGUCACAUUAUUCAAAGUAAUGGGGGUCAUUCUCAGCAACAGCUUCAUCCUCAAAAUGCAGAAGUUAUUAAAAUGGACAUUUCUGAGUCCUCAAAACCACUACAGCAACAUAUGACAUCAAAAGACCAUUUUACUCAACCAAAUCAACAUGAAUCAAAGAAUCAGUUUGUUUCUCUUGGUUCGAUAUGUUUUCCAGAGUCUAUGCUUCUCAGUGAUGAGAGGAAUAUAUUGUCUAAUGUAGAUGACAUCUUAGCAGCAACAGCAGCAGCAUGUGGGGUCACACCAUCAGAAUUUGCCAAAUCCACAUCUCAUGAAGAAGAAAUUCAAUCUGUUGAAAACGGUGAUGAUUCCAAAUCUCAGUUCCAGUCAAUAGGUGUACGUCACAUAUCUCCUAGUUUUAGCUCCUCACCCACUGUAGUUGGAAAACCACACAGCAUAAAUAAUAUUUCUCUAAAUGGAAGCCACGUUACUAUAAACCUUACAACAGUGUCUACAAUACAAUCAAAACAUGUGAUCCUUGAUCAACGUAUGGAAACUUCUGAUCAAAACAUAUCAACUAGAAUGACUUCUCCAGGCCUCGGACCUAGUCAGGAGGAGCAAGAACAAGGUUCUGGCAAAGUUAAGAAACAGUCUAGCAUUAGUCAUGAAUCUGAAGAAGACAAUGAUGUUCCCAUUGAUGGUACACUGAAUGCUAGAGACUCAGAAUUUGUUUCAAGUGGUCGGAGUCUAAGUGAAGAGAGCGUUACAUCAGAUAAUGAUUUUAAUAUGGGUUGUGAUGAUGGCAUUGUAGUAGGUAACAAGAUUAAAGGUCCAUUGCAACCAAUAUCUGUGCUACAACCAGGAGAUGGAAGUGGUAGCAAAACUGAAGAAGAGAACCAAGAUUUAAGUCAAGGGAACUUUCAAAAGAAAAAAAGUAAAGGAAAAAACCAAAUAAAAAAUGCUACAGAAGAUGACAGUGCAAGCCAGAAACAACUGAAACGAAGUGGACAAUGCAAACGUCAGAAUGUAAGAGGAACUGACAUAUGUUUACCAUAUUCUUCUCCUGUUUCUGAAAGUUAUGAUAUUUAUCAACACCAAGAAAGAAUGAGGCAAAAAAUUAAAGAAGUGGAAGAAAAGCAACCAGAAGUCAAAACCGGAUUCCUGGCAUCUUUUUUAGACUUUCUAAAAUCUGGGCCCAGGCAACAGUUUUCAGCACCUGCUGUACGAAUGCCUAACAGGACUAGGCGGCCAGUUACCCAGAUAGUCCGUGCCCCAGGUCCCCAGCCACCUUCAAAGCCACAGCCAGCAGCAGCUCCUUUGUCUGUUGAGGGUGCCUGUGAAAGUCCAACCAAAAAAGUUGAUGAUGAACUUAAGAAAAAUUUGGAAACAUUGCCUUCAUUUUCUUCUGAUGAAGAUGAUUCUGUAGGCGGUAACCACGAUCUUCAGAAGAGCAUUUCUACAGCAUUAUCAGCUUUGGAUGAUACUGCUGACAAAAAAAACAAAUCAGAAACUGAAAAAAUGGCAGUUGCUACUACUGCCAACACCACUGCUCUUGUAAAGCAGGAAUCUCCAAACACUACUGCUCCUGUGGUAAAUGUUCAGGAGAAAACAAGUUCAGCAGAACUCCUAAAGAUAGCUGACCAGGAUGGUGUGACUUCAGACCAGUUAGCAAAAAUACAGGCAGCUGUUGCAAUAGAAGGAUGUACUGAUGAGGAGAAUACGGACAGUGGAGGAGAGGGCAUGUACAGAGAACGUGAUGAAUUUGUGGUGAAGAUUGAAGAUAUAGAUAUGCUAAAGAUGGCUUUACAAACAGGAAAAGAGCCUCCAGCAAUCUGGAAAGUACAAAAGGCUUUGUUACAAAAGUUUGUUCCUGAAGUUCGAGAUGGACAAAGAGAGUUUGCUGCUACUAAUAGUUAUCUUGGAUAUUUUGGGGAUGCUAAAAUGAAAUACAAACGGGUGUAUGUGAAGUUCAUUGAAAAUGCAAACAAAAAGGAGUAUGUCAGAGUCUGUUCAAAAAAACCACGAAGUAAACCUGUACAGUCUGCAAGGCCCAUUCAUUACAAACCAAGUAACAGCACCAGCAAAGGUCCUGAUCCUCCAGCACCAAAAACUACAACAACAAAAGUCUCUUCUGUGAAACCCAAAUCUAAACAGCCAAAGAUAAAGGCUGAACCACCACCAAAGAAACGGAAAAAAUGGAAAGAAGAGUUUUCAUCUUCCCAGUCUGAUUCUUCUCCUGAAGCCCAGAGUGAUGAGGAUGAACUUGUCCCUCCAUCUCCUUUUUUCACCCGCUUUUUGAAUACAAGAGCUAUGAAGGAGACCUUUAAGAGUUAUAUGGAGCUGCUUGUUAGCAUUGCCUUAGAUCCAGAUACAAUGCAAGCCUUGGAAAAGAGCAAUGAUGAGCUUCUUUUGCCUCAUAUGAGAAAAAUUGAUGGCAUGCUGAAUGACAACAGGAAAAGACUGCUUUCCAAAUUACGUUUGGAGCAUACGUUCAAGAAUCCUUUUUGCUUUUAUGCUCUGUUUAAGAGUGCUUUGGAAAACUUUCCUGAACUGACAGUAAUCACUCGCGAUUCUAAAACAAAAAGUGGAGGAGCUGCUCUUUCUAAAAUCAGAAUGAAUGGUAAAGCUUACAACAAGAAAACACUGAGGACUUCUAAAUCAACCACUAAGUUAGCACACGAGUUUACUGUAGAUCCAGAAAAAAUACAGUUGUACUCUUUGUAUCACUCACUCCAUCAUUACAAAUACCACAUAUAUCUGACAUGUAAAGAGGAGAUUUCUUCUGUUCAGAAAAAGAGUGCAGAUCUAGGACAGGAGGAGAUUGUUCAGCUGUGCAUGAAAAAUAUAAAAUGGGUGGAGGAUCUUUUUGAAAAGUUUGGUGAACUUUUGAAUCAUGUACAGCAGAAGUGUUCAUAACAAACUUUCUUCAGAAUCUGACAUUUUUCUACAGCACUAACCUGAUGGAAAAGAAAGCUUAGAGAAAGACUCUGAUUCUCGUACAAUACCAGACUAUGUUCUUAUUCAUAGGCAUUUUAUUUCUCUUAUGGAUCUUUGUAUUUUGGCGCCUGCUAAGGAAAAGUGGUGCUGCCAAGGAAAUGAGUCUUUUAGAGAUGGAAGUAAACAUAAACAUCACCACAUUUUAACCUGAAUAAUGAUUUUUGUAUUUUGUAAACUAUUGGGUAACUUAGUUUUAUUUUCAGAAAUGUUUUUGACAAAUGAUAAAGCAUGCACUAAGUAUAAUUUUUUCUUUAUUGCUAUAGAGAUAACACUUAAAAUACUAUGGCUGUUUCCGUCUCUGGUGAACACCAAAAAGAGUCAGGGCUGGGGUAAACUAAUAUUUGCAUUUCUGUCUGGCCAUGAAAUUUAGAGUAUUAUGCAUUUUGUAAACAGAGCUGGUGUGACAUCAAAUUCUGUAUACAAAUAUUGCCAUCAUAAAAUUCAGAAAUGUAAUUAUGCUUUAUGGACUCCUUUUACUAUUAUCAUGUUCAGGAGACUGAACAUGGAGUUGGUGCAAUCCGAUGACUGCUUUUUGUGUCAAAUUAUAUUGUAAUGAAAGACAAUGACCUUAACUAUUUUCCCUGUUUUGAAGAAAAAUAUUUUCCUUUAUACUGUGUUUUUUGUUUGUUCUUUUGGAAAAAAAAUUCAAUUGUACAUUUUAUCUCACUAAUAGUAUUUUUCACAGAGAAAAUAUUGUGGUUAAAGUUGUUUCAUGUAUCUUUGUAAUACACUUUACAUUGUUUUCAGUAAAUCUUAUUCAUUUAUAUGUUGAUUUCAUAUUGUAAACUAUAUAUCUUGAGGUAACCCUUUUUGUUUCUACAGGUUUUCUUCAGUGUUAACCAGAAUAAUGCAUAAUAGAUGAGUUUUGCUUUAAGUGUAGUUGUGUUAGACACUGCAGUUAUUUUCUCAUACGUGAAAAUAAAUUUCUUACUAAACUGGC